AUGCCACAGUUUAGCGUCGUCAUCUUGCUGGGCCUUGUAGGCGGCAGUCUCGUCGCCGCAACGCCUUUUGACCAGGAGAAGCAGAACCGCGACGCGGAAUGCGAUAACGGAUGUUUCUUUGGAAGUUUCCCCGGCGGCUCCUGCACCAACGACGCGGCGUGCAUGUGCACCCAGCAGAAAUACCGUGAGAGGUACUUCUGCUGUAUGGCUGAGAAGUGCGAUGCUUCGGUCCUGCCUGACUCGAUCCAGCGCCAGACUUCAGAAUGCGACGCCCGUAAUAUGCCAUUCACUUUCGAUACUGAGGCGGUUUGCGGGAUCAAGUUGAGCACGAAGGUCUCGCCGUAUCCCACGCAGACGGUGACGGCUACUGCCACUGUUGGAAGUUCCGAGGCUGCGGCGACGGGGACGGGAGCGGUGACGACGGGAAUCGCGACAGAGGCGACGACUGGAACUGCGACGGGGACUAAGACGGAGAGUGCGUCUUCGGUUGUGACUACGGGAAGUGCAAGCAGUACUUCGACGGCCGACUCUGCUGCUGGGAGGGAUGCGCCGCGAGGGAAGAUUGUGGUGGGUGCUGCUGUUGUAGGAGUUGCGCUUGGGACGUUUUUGUGGUAG